UUCGCAGACAGCCAAUCAGGCCGCCUCCCUGCUCCGUUAGCACGUCUUUGGCAAAACAACAGCUCGCCUCGAUCCGCUUCCUGCUUCGCAGCUCAGCCACCGAUAAACCGAGCGUCUGAAAUGUCAAACUAACCGAAGCGCUUCUUUCUGGUUGGUGUUGCAUUUGUUUUGGCGUUUAGUCUCGGCUGAAGGCAGCGGUGGUAGUCCGACGUGCUGACGCGCAGUUAGCUGCUUUGCUAGCUGUAGCUAACAUCGGCGAUCCAGCAGAGAAAGAUGGGGUCCAUUCUGAGUCGCAGAAUCGCUGGUGUUGAGGACAUCGAUAUCCAGGCCAACUCGGCCUAUCGAUUUCCACCGAAGUCUGGGAAUUAUUUUGCGAGCCACUUCUUCAUGGGUGGAGAGAAAUUCGACACACCGCAUCCAGAGGGAUACCUUUUCGGGGAAAACAUGGACCUGAAUUUUCUUGGAAACAGGCCAGUGCAGUUUCCCUAUGUGACACCUGCACCCCAUGAGCCUGUGAAAACCCUCCGGAGUCUGGUUAAUAUUAGAAAGGACUCUUUGCGUUUGGUCAGGUAUAAAGAUGAUUCUGACACCCCAGUGGAGGAAGGUGGUAAACCAAAGGUCCAGUAUGGUGUGGAGUUCACCUUUGAUGCUGAUGCUCGCGUGGCCAUCACCCUCUACUGCCAGGCAUUUGAGGAGUUCUCCAAUGGGAUGGCUGUGUACAGCCCAAGGGACCCAUCAAUGGCCUCUGAAACUGUGCACUACAAGCGGGGUGUGAGCCAACAGUUCUCCAUGCCAUCCUUCAAAAUAGAUUUCAGUGAGUGGAAAGAGGAAGAUCUGAACUUUGACCUCGACCGAGGAGUGUUUCCGAUGGUAAUCCAGGCUGUUGUUGAUGAAGGGGAUGAUUGUCUUGGACAUGCUCAUGUACUUUUGGCCGCCUUCGAAAGACAUGUCGACGGCAGUUUCUCCGUCAAGCCUCUGAAGCAGAAACAAAUUGUGGAUCGUGUGAGCUACCUCUUGCAGGAGAUCUAUGGGAUUGAGAACAAAAACAACCAAGAAACAAAGCCAUCCGAUGAUGAGAACAGUGACAACAGCAACGAGUGUGUUGUUUGUCUGUCGGACCUGCGAGACACGCUCAUCUUACCCUGCAGACAUCUGUGUCUCUGCAACUCCUGUGCCGAUACUCUGCGUUACCAGGCCAACAACUGUCCGAUCUGCAGGCUGCCCUUCAGAGCCUUGCUGCAGAUCAGAGCUGUGAGGAAAAAGCCUGGAGCUCUUUCUCCUGUGUCCUUCAGUCCUGUUCUGGCUCAGACUAUGGACCAUGAUGAACACUCAAGCACAGAUUCAGUUCCUCCCGGCUUUGAACCCAUCUCGCUGUUAGAGGCUCUGAAUGGUCUGCGGUCGGCGUCUCCUGCUAUCCCAUCUGCUCCCCUCUAUGAUGAGAUCAACUUCUCAGGGGGACUCGGAGGUGAAAACAGACAGCUGAGCUCUCCAGAGCAUUUAAGUGAUGGGAGUCUGCAGAAAGGCAAAGUCAGCAAGUCACCAGACAGCACCCUGAGAUCUCCAUCCUCGCCCAUCCAGGAGGAGGAUGAAGAGAAGCUGUCAGAGAUGUCAGACGCUCAACCACACACGCUUCUGUCCAGCAGCCCCGCCCCCACAGACGCCACAGCAGCUGAAGACGUGGCAGAAUCCCUGUCUCCAGAUGAUGAGGACAGGAUGCAUUCUGGAGGAGACAUUCUGCAGGACUGCAGCAGUGAACACAGCAGCUUGACCAAAACAGAGAGCGACCCGCCGGGAGACCUGUCACUGCCAGCUCUAGGUCCUGAUUCCUGCUCUAUUGGUAUGGAGGAAUAACUGUGGGUCUUCAGAGUCAACAGAAAGCCUGAAAAGUCAGAGCACAAACUGCUCCAGCCAGCCUCUCCUGUGUCCCACGAGCAGUCUUCAUAUGGAAGAUGAACACCUCAACCCCUGACUCUGAUCCAGGUUUUCCCUCCCAUCGUUGCUUCACAAAGAUCAUCCAGUUCCUUCAUUCCGUUCUCCGCCCCGGCCCAGUCUUCUGCUUGUGUGAUCAGAGCUGGUAAAGGCCCUGAAAGGAAGGAACGAGGGAGGACUCUGUUUAUUUCAUCAGUGUCUCUCGACAUUAUAAAAGAAAUUUGACUGCUGCAAAGAUGUUUUUGGUACCUUACUCUAUGACUGAUGUUUGAAAAAAGAUGAUACUGUUUCCCCAGCUUUGAAAAGACAUAAUUAACUCUCACAUGGUGUUCAGUUGUGUGUCUUGGCCAGCGUUGUGGUCUAGUAAUGUAGAUUCCAGAGAUAUUUCACUACCAGCUAUGGUGUUGCUUUGAAGCACACUUACUUUAAAUUAACGCUGUAUCAAUUUCUUGACACUAAAUUCAGAGGAGUUUAUAAAUACAGUUUGUGUUUAGAUAUCGUAUUCAUCAGUGAAACACAUGAAUGACUUGAGAACUUGUUUUUCCCUGUCAGAUUGAUUUGGUUUGAGCAUUAUUUUUGAAAACAUUUGACUUAUCUGUAUCUGUUUCCAUUUGAGAUGAUUUUGCACUCCGGCAAAAUCCUUUAUAAUCCAUUCCUUAUAACAAAAGUAUGCGAUGAGAUUAGUUAUCUGCUGUCUUAAAUGUCAAAACAUCUGUUUUAUUAUUUCAAACGAUGUGAUAUCUAUGUAUGAUAACUACUAGAAUCCCGUGUAGUUACUUCCAAAGUUGUACACUUGCAGACUACAUAGAAAAAAAAUCCUGAUACCGAACUAGACUCAUUUAACAUGCACAUUAUUUAAGAUUGAUAAUCAAUAAGAGCUACAGAUUUACAUCCUAACAGCUGAACUCAAAGAUAGCUAAAGCCUGCAACAAGCAUAGAUGCUCCAGCUACAUGUAUGCUGACUUAGUAUGGCACAGCAAGUGUGCUUGUCGUAGAUGUGGCAGAUCUCUGUACAGUCUUUUGUGGCAAUGCCAGUGUCGGCUUUAUGUGAUGUAGCAGCAAAAAAAAAAGGGGUCACAUGUUUGUGUGGCUGCAACACCUUUACUUACCUUGGUCUUGUAUGUGUAGCAUCAUGCAUAUAGCUCUAUGUGCCUUGAAUUAAUAUGGCUGCCUGCUUGUUGCAAUGGACAUUAGUGUUCUUACCAGUGCUACAGUAUACAACAAUAUACAGACCAUUGACAGGACUUUUGAUGCAGAUGUACAGAGCCUUUUUUUCUAUCACAAACUUCAUGAUACUGGGAAAAAAUAAUGUAUCCUGUUAUUGUUAUUGAGCAAUAUUCAGUUGAACUGUUCAUUUAUUAUGUUAUGACCAUGUAUGGAUUAUGCAUUUAUUAUUAUUAUUUAGGUUCAAGUGGUUUGUCGUAAUGUACGUUAUUGGAAGGAACACAUCCAAUGCAAUAGGUGCAGACUUUGCAUUUUUAAAUAAUUGGGCUUGCAUUUGCAUGUGAAUUUGUAGAGGUUUAAACCUGUCACUGCUUUUGAGUAAUGUGGUUAUUUUUGUCUUUAUCCCCUCCUCUUCUGUGCCAUUUCAACUUGACACUGUGCCUUCCUGUUCUGACCACUAUUGACCUGGUAUCCAGGAUAACUCCACAGUAGGUGGUUUCUGGCUCUCUGUAAAAUCAAUACCUGUCUCUCCUCGUGUGUAUAGCAGCAUGUGUAUAACAAUAAAGAUCAAAGAUUCAGUACUACAA